AGUGUGGUUUUCUCUCUCAUCCAGAGAAAGCAUGAAGUGGUUCAUUCUGGUGGCUCUGUUCGGGCUCGGCCUCGCCCAACACAACCCGCACACCAAGCACGGCAGGACGGCCAUCGUGCACCUGUUCGAGUGGCGCUGGGCCGACAUCGCCGCAGAGUGCGAGCGCUUCCUGGGUCCCAAUGGCUUUGGUGGAGUUCAGAUCUCUCCUCCAAACGAGCACAUCGUGCUGGGCAGCCCCUGGAGGCCCUGGUGGCAGAGAUACCAGCCAAUCAGCUACAACCUGUGCUCCCGAUCUGGCAGCGAGAACGAGCUGAGAGACAUGAUCACCAGAUGCAACAACGCCGGGGUCAACAUCUACGUGGACGCUGUCGUCAACCACAUGUGUGGAGCCGGUGGCGGAGAGGGAACGCACUCCUCGUGUGGAAGCUGGUAGCGCAAAUGCAGGACUGGCAGUGGAAACAUUGAGAACUAUGGUGACUCCAAUCAGGUGCGUGACUGUCGCCUGGUGGGUCUGCUGGACCUCGCCCUGGAGAAGGAUUACGUCCGGGGCAAGGUGGCCGGCUUCAUGAACAAGCUGAUCGACAUGGGCGUGGCUGGAUUCCGAGUGGACGCCUGCAAGCACAUGUGGCCCGGCGACCUGGGGGCCGUCUACGGCCGUCUGCACAACCUCAACACCAAGUGGUUCUCCGGUGGCUCCAGACCCUUCAUCUUCCAGGAGGUUAUUGAUCUGGGAGGUGAGCCCAUCACAUCCAGGGAGUACUCCCAUCUGGGAAGAGUAACUGAGUUUAAAUAUGGAGCCAGACUGGGAGGAAUCUUCAGAAAGUGGAACGGCGAGAAGUUGUCUUACACCAGGAACUGGGGAGAGGGUUGGGGUUUCAUGCCCGACGGAAAUGCUUUCGUCUUCGUUGACAACCACGACAACCAGAGGGGCCACGGUGCCGGUGGUCCUUCCAUCGUCACCUUCUGGGACCCCAAGCUCUACAAGAUGGCUGUUGCCUACAUGCUGGCUCACCCUUACGGAGUGACCAGGCUGAUGUCGAGCUUCCGCUGGAACCGACACAUUGUGAACGGAAAGGAUCAGAAUGACUGGAUGGGACCUCCCAGCCACGGUGAUGGAUCCACCAAGUCAGUUCCAAUCAACCCUGAUCAGACCUGUGGAGAUGGAUGGGUGUGUGAGCACAGAUGGCGUCAGAUCAAGAACAUGGUGAAGUUCCGUAAUGUGGUCAACGGACAGCCUCACUCCAACUGGUGGGACAACAAGAGCAACCAGGUCGCCUUCGGACGUGGAAAUCGUGGUUUCAUCGUCUUUAACAAUGACGACUGGAAUCUGGAUGUGACCCUGAACACCGGCAUGCCCGGUGGCGCCUACUGUGACGUCAUUUCCGGCCAUAAGGAAGGAAACAGGUGCACCGGGAAGCAGAUCAACGUUGGAGGUGACAGCCGCGCUCACUUCAAGAUCAGCAACAGAGACGAGGACCCCUACGUUGCCAUCCACGCUGAAUCCAAGUUGUAAACU